AUGUUCUUCUCCCACCUCCGCAACCUUACAUACCCGCAUAAUCUCAUAGACCUCGCUUUCCUUGUGGGCGAUUCAAAAGACAAUACGCUGCAGCUGCUAUCAGACCUCCUGCAGGAGCUGCAGGACAACGUCGAGCCCAAGCAACAUUUCGGAGAGAUCUCGAUCAUGGAGAAGGACUUCGGUCAGAAGGUCAAUCAGGACGUGGAGAGCAGACACGGCUUUGCGGCCCAGGCAAGCCGGAGAAAGUCGAUGGCUCAGGCGCGAAAUUGGCUGCUCAGCGCAGCGCUUCGGCCAACGCACAGUUGGGUGUACUGGAGAGAUGUGGACGUCGAAACAGCACCUUUUACGAUCCUUGAAGACUUGAUGCGACACAAUAAAGACGUUAUAGUGCCGAACGUGUGGCGGCCCUUACCAGACUGGCUCGGUGGAGAGCAACCGUACGAUCUCAAUUCAUGGCAAGAGUCGGAAACCGCUCUAGCCCUUGCGGAUACCCUGGAUGAAGACGCCGUCAUUGUGGAGGGCUAUGCGGAGUAUGCUACAUGGCGCCCGCAUCUUGCCUACCUUAGAGACCCGUACGGGGACCCGGACAUGGAGAUGGAGAUUGACGGCGUUGGUGGUGUCAGCAUCUUAGCCAAAGCGAAGGUCUUCCGAUCUGGCGUCCAUUUCCCGGCUUUUAGCUUCGAGAAGCACGCGGAAACCGAAGGCUUCGGAAAGAUGGCGAAACGCAUGAAGUUCUCAGUGGUCGGCCUGCCACACUAUACAAUCUGGCAUCUGUACGAACCUAGUGUGGACGACAUCAGACACAUGGAAGAAAUGGAACGAGAGCGGCUGAAGAAGGAGGCUGAAGAGAAAGCGAAGAAUGAACAGCUCCGGAAAAUUACGGAUCAGUUCGAAAACCCCAGCGACCAGUGGGACAAGGACAAGUCUAACAUCAGGGACAUGGCCAAGAAGGAGUACGUGGCGAAGGACCAGCAGGCGAAGGACCAGCAGGCAGAACGGCAAAACGGAGAGAAGCCGGCCGAGAAGCCUGGUAAUAAGCCUGCCGACAAACCUGCGGAGAAGAAGCCAGACCCGAAGGAGCGCUUAAUGGAGGUAAAGAUGGAGAAGAGCAAGGACGGCGUCAGGAUCGUCGAACCACUCGACGAGACCAAAGUCCUCGGCCAAAAGCCGCCAGCCAACCACCCGUGA